AUGCACGAAAUCGUCACCCUCCAGUUCGGCUCGCAGAGCAAUUAUCUUGGCACGCAUUUUUGGAAUACGCAGGAAUCGUACUUCACCUAUCCGCCAGAGCCUGAAUCAGCAGUCAAUCAUGACGUUCACUUCCGAGCUGGCAUUGCGCCGGAUGGGUCGGACACCUUCACGCCGAGGGCGCUCAUCUACGACCUCAAGGGUGCUUUCGGGAGCAUGAGAAAGAUCAGUGCCCUGUAUGAGGCCGAAGAUGACAGGAGCAUACUGGACCAGACGGGAGUAUGGCCUUCGAAACCUGUCGUACAGAAAGCAGCUCCAAUCCCGCAGUCCACCUAUCAACAGCACCUCGAUGCAGGUUUAGAACCACCGCAGCUGAGUACCUCAACCGUCAAGUACUGGUCAGACUACAGCCGGGUUUACUAUCACCCCAAAUCCAUCGUUCAGCUCUCCGAGUUUGACGUGAAUGACAGGCUCAUGCCUUUUGAGAGCUGGGACGUAGGUAUGGACCUCUUCGAGAAGCUCGAGAGAGAAGUCGACCUGGUGGACCGAGACCUCCGACCCUUCAUCGAAGAAUGCGACGGUUUGCAAGGCCUGCAGAUCAUGACUGGCGUCGAUGACGCCUGGGGCGGGUGGGCCUCAGGUUGGAUCGAGCGCCUGAGAGAUGAGUAUGGAAAGCUCAGCAUCUGGACGUGGGGUCUGGGUGAUCAAGGAGGCAAUACGGCGAUCCCAAGGGAUAGGCGCCUGCAGCAGAUUGUUACUUCGUCGAGGUCACUGCAACCCCUUGCCGAACAGUCGUCAGUAUACAUACCACUGUCCAACCGGCCAGCCAAGGUCCCACGCUACCUGUCCUUCGACUCAACUUCGGCAUGGCACGUGAGUGCUCUCCAGGCUGUUGGCGUGGAAAGCAUGACGCUUUCGUCGCGGUUGAAGACGUCAAAUGGCAGACAUGGUACCCUGCAAGACAUUGAAGACACAAUCAACAGCACGGGGAAGCGAAGAAUUGCAAAGUUCGAGAUGAGUAUUGCCGACCCAGACGUCCUGUCGGAAGAGACGGCAGACAAACUUUUGAACGCGGGAAAAGUUGGCCCCACCAAUCCGAGGCAAACGAGCGAGAGCGAAGCACAGCUGAGUAGCUUCGACAUUGACGCCUUCACCAAAGACUAUCGGCUGGCAUCCAGUAAAGGCAGCAAGAGAGAACACAUCUUCGCAAGAGCGGAAGCGUGUCGUGGGGCCUGGAGCUUGUCGGAGGAAGCAGGUCGUAAUCCUCGCGAUAGAUACGGUGACGGGCCAGUACUGCAAAGAUACACCGCGCCCUUGCUAUUCCCCUUUCUCGACAGCUUCCCGUCUAUUUUUGACAUGGGCCACACUAAGAAACUGGCUGUUCAUGCUGGCCUCACCACCAGCACUGCUGUUGCCGAGCAGGUGCGAGCAAUUGAGCAGAUUGUGAAGCGGUUGGUGGCAGUUGACGAGCGAGAGGCGCUCUGUAACGGCCUGCAGGUCAUUGCUGAAGAGUACGAUGAAGGAUGGGACGGCGACUUCACCGAUAGCGAUGAUGAUGAUUGA